AUGGAUGAAGAGAACGAAAUAGAGCGAAGUAUUUCAGACGCAAUUAAGGAUGAAACACAACAGAUCGCGAGGAAAAAAUGUCGCAAACGUGUCUUUCUUUUUAAUUGCGACGGAACGUACAGUUUAGACUCAGUGGAGAAAUUGCUUCUUAACAUGAAAGGCGAUGUAAGACAAGAACUCAGCUUCGACAUCGUCAAGACAAGUUUUCGCCUUUCUAAAAUGUCGCAUGUGGCUGAAGAGGCCAUUCCUAAACUACAGAUGGAUGUUGCCUUUUUUGUGGUUCAUGCGAAUGAAUCUCGUCUUUCCAUAAACGAGGAAAAUGCUGGAAUCGGUUAUGCGAAGCUCUAUAAAGCCUUACUCCAAGCCACUGAAGGAAAGGUUAUAGUUGUUAUUGGCGGAGACGAUCACUACAAGAAUCAAGAUGAAGAAGAAUCAUCUGUGAUAUCACGUUGGGCCAAGAGAAAGGUUUCCUCUCAGUUUAAAGAUGAGUUUCUUGACGGAAGAAAAAGUUUCAUCUUUUCGUGGAACAAAACUUACCGAAAGAUUCACGAGGAAGCGCUACUACAUUAUUUUGACCCGAGUAAGAGUGGAAAGAAGUUUGAAUGGAAGCCAAAUGAUCGGCCAGGAGUGCCUCAGGAAACUCUUCACAAGACACCCGUGACUGUGAAGCCGGAAGCGAAAGAGCACGAGCAAUUUACGGAUCAUUCACAUGCAAUGGAUAUAGCACGCAAUUCAGCGGAGAAAGAUGUUAAAAAACAAUCGUCUGUGUCGGAGAUGAGGUGUUAUUACAAAGAAGAUAAAUUGAAAGAAGAAAGAAAGAGUGGACUACAGUUUGAAUGGAAGCCAAAUGAUCAGCCAAAAGUGCCUCAGGAAACACUUCACAAGACACCCGUGACUGAAAAGCCAGGAGCGAAAGAGCACGAGCAAUUUACGGAUCAUCCACAUGCAAUGGAUGUAGCACACAGUUUAGCGGAGAAAGAAGUGAACAAACAAACGUCUGUGUCGGAGGCGAGUUGUUAUGGCAAAGGAGAUAAAUUAAAAGAAGAGAGAAAGAAGGGCACAGAGAGAGAAGAUCUUGAAGAUAACGGGGAUGGACUCUCGGAAGACUAUACCAGAAAAAUUGCUUCGAGGAAGACAACGGAAACAAAAGAUGUGCUGACUUCUCAUUCAGGCGAUAUGGCUGACUAUGUCUGGGUAAAUGAGGGUGACCUUGCUGGGUUUUCCGACGAAGAGCAAAUGAACGGCAGAACAAAACAUGGGAUGCUUGUGAUGAAAACUUUCGUGCGAAAUGGCAGCCUCUCCUACAGAGACAAUGAGAUGGUAUGCAACCCGCAGUGGAUACCACCGGGCGAAUUGGUACCAGAUAUAUGUGCGAAUCUGCAACAUGUUGCAGAAGCUGAAGUGAACAUCUACCAAAUGGAGGAGACAGGCGCUUUGAGCGUUAUAACAAUAGAGGUGUCCAUCUUAUCAGUCAUAUGUGAAAUGAUCAAAUAUUAUUACCACUUGAUGACCGGGGUGUUUGACCGUGUCUACAAUAUGUUUCUUUAAGAUAACGAUAUAGAGAGGCAGCUCGAUGAACUCGAGAACUGAAGCGCAAAAGGUAAUUCAUAAUUUGAAACAAGCGGCAAGAACCCACAACCCCCUUAAUUCCCCUCUUGUGUAAAUAAUUAUAUGCCAAAACCAUGUAUAUCCCUUAAGUACUUUGUAGUUUUGUGAAAGUCAGUGCUCAAAUAGUAAUCUGGUCGACGUUAAGGUAACUUAAACGUAAAACUUAAUUUAUUGGAAACAUCAAAAGCUAAGGUCUAGCUAGAACAGACAAAUUUUUAGCUGCCUGAUUACCCUCUCUAGCUAGUAAGGUGUCAAUUUAGGUUUAAAAUCCAAAUGGUUUAGAUGGCUUUAAGGACAAUGAGCUCGAGCGAAUGACUUGGAACUCAUGUCGACGAAAUAUGUUUGUUUUUAGCCUUUAGUUGAGCAGGUACUAUGCUAGUUCUGGUUUGACUUAGAUUAGAAGUAUAUUAGAAUGUAUAGGCGAUUUUCAAAAGAGGUUUCGAGGAAAUUGAACUUUUAGGCAUUUUAACCAAACCUUUUUACAGUAUUGUUUUACCUUUUCUAGUAAAUAUGAUUAUCGUUUUUACUUCUUAGCAUAGCGUGGAAUUAUUUUAGAUUGUAUUUUAUGAUCCUGACUUAAGGUGCUGGUCUAAAGCUUUUAGUCAUAUGUUAUAGUAUCUACUUAAAAAUUUAAUUUUAAUUUAUGUGAAACACCCGUAAAUUAGAUGGUGUGUCAUUUCAUUAUGUAAUGUCACACCUGAACAACUAGGCGUG